CAAACAUGGCCGUCCCGGCGGCAAUCGCCCCCUCGGGCUCCCGCUGUGCUCCGCUGGCCGCGGGCCUCCGGCUGCUCCCACUGCUGGGGCUGCUGCAGCUGCUGGCCCAGCCCGGCCUGGGCCGUGUCCACCACCUGGCGCUCAAGGACGAUGUGAGGCGUAAGGUUCAUCUGAACACCUUUGGAUUCUUCAAGGAUGGGUACAUGGUGGUUAAUGUCAGUAGCCUUUCUGUGAAUGACCCUGCAAGAGCCACAGACAAGGACACAAGUAUUGGAUUCAGCCUGGACCGCACAAAGAAUGACGGAUUUUCUUCUUAUCUGGAUGAAGAUAAUUACUGUAUUUUAAAAAAGCAGUCUGUCUCUGUCACCCUUCUAAUCCUAGACAUCUCCAGAAGUGAGGUGAGAGUAAGAUCUCCACCAGAUGCUGGUACGCAGUUACCAAAGAUCGUCUUCAGCAAGGAUGAGAAGGGCCUAGGCCAGAGCCAGGAGCCUGGGGCUAACCCUGUUUCAGCGGGAAACCAGACUCAGCCAAAACAAGACAGUGGAAAAUCUAAAAGAAGUACAGUAGAUUCAAAGGCAACGGGAGAAAAAUCCUUUUCUGUUCACAAUAGUGAUGGGGCAGUUUCUUUUCAGUUUUUCUUUAACAUCAGCACCGAUGACCAAGAAGGCCUCUACAGUCUUUAUUUCCAUAAAUGCUCUGGGAAUGAAGUGCCGUCUGGCGACAAGUUUUCCUUCAGCCUUGAUAUUGAGAUCACAGAGAAGAACCCUGACAGCUACCUGUCCGCAGGAGAGAUCCCUCUCCCUAAAUUAUACAUUUCUAUGGCCUUUUUCUUUUUCCUUUCUGGGACCAUCUGGAUUCACAUCCUUCGAAAACGACAGAAUGACGUAUUUAAAAUUCACUGGUUGAUGGCGGCCCUUCCUUUCACGAAGUCUCUUUCCUUGGUGUUCCACGCAAUUGACUACCACUACAUCUCCUCCCAGGGCUUUCCGAUCGAGGGUUGGGCUGUCGUGUAUUACAUCACUCACCUCUUGAAAGGGGCACUCCUGUUCAUCACCAUCGCGCUCAUCGGCACCGGCUGGGCUUUCAUUAAGCACAUCCUUUCCGAUAAAGACAAAAAGAUCUUCAUGAUUGUCAUCCCACUCCAGGUUCUGGCAAACGUGGCCUACAUCAUCAUAGAGUCCACCGAGGAGGGGACUACGGAGUAUGGCUUAUGGAAGGAUUCUCUGUUUCUGGUAGACCUGCUGUGCUGUGGAGCCAUCCUCUUCCCAGUGGUGUGGUCAAUCAGGCAUUUACAGGAAGCAUCAGCAACAGAUGGAAAAGGUGGCAGCAUGCGACCUCUUCAGUGGAGAGCAAAUAUUAAAAACAGGAAGCGCCUCUCUGCUAUUAACUUAGCAAAGCUGAAACUUUUCAGACACUAUUACGUCUUGAUCGUGUGUUACAUAUACUUCACCAGGAUCAUUGCGUUUCUCCUCAAACUCGCCGUUCCGUUCCAGUGGAAGUGGCUCUACCAGCUCCUGGAUGAAAUGGCCACGCUGGUAUUCUUUGUUCUAACGGGCUGUAAAUUCCGUCCGGCUUCAGAUAACCCCUACCUACAACUUUCUCAGGAGGAUGACCUGGAAAUGGAAUCAGUAGUGACGACAUCAGGGGUGAUGGAGAACAUGAAGAAAGUCAAGAAGGUGACCAACGGCUCGGUGGAGCCCCAGGGCGAUUGGGAAGGCACCGCGUGAUGGAGCAGCCUUGAGCUGGGACUGUCGAAGAGAACCUCUAACUUAUUAAUCGUCCUAGUGGUGAGCAGGGGCAAUUCGCGCCUCCCAACAGUGACACCGCAGAGCGCGCGGCUGGGAACAAAGUGCCACGGAAACCUAAUUUUUUACUCUCUUUUAUGGAAACUGGAUCUGUGGCUGGUUAUGGGCAGCUAGAAUUCUCCUUCAGGUGGGAAUGGUGGGGAGGGAGUGUAGACAGGAGGAUAAAAGGAAGACAUUGUUUGUAAGUUAUAUUUCUUUCUUUUUUUUAAUUGGGAACUCUCAAGACAUAAGCAGUUGUGCCCCCAAGUGUGUGGCAGCAGGGGGGGGAGUGUCGGUGGACAGGGAGGGAGGGCGGCGGCGCGAGGCUGGGGCCAGUCACGGCUCGGGAAUGAGGCCGCAGGAAAUGAGCAGGGGCUGAGGGAGGAUACAGGGACUUAGAAGGGAAAGGAAACUUAUCGUGGUGUCUUUGGGGGACAAAAAUGGAUGAAAUUAGGUUAUUUUAGGAAGCAGUGUCAAAAUCCAGUUUAGUAUAUGGAGCCUGCCGCAGGGUUCCUGGCCCUGAAUGUUGCCCCAGACCUUGACCCCGGAUUCUGAAAGUGACCAGGAACCAGCAGCUCUAGAGGCCCGGCCGUCUUCUUCCCAAAAGGGCUCUGUCAUCUGGAGGCUGAAUGGCCCUGUCAGAGUCAACGGCUCUGGAACCGUGGUGGAAAGUGCUUUUCUUGAUUGAAGCAUAUUUGGUGUUGUCUGAUGGAUGGAUAGAAAUGUAUGGUUAAGCUCAGAAAGUGUUGUCCAGUAGGAUUUCCUUGAACAUCUGGCUCCUCUGACUGCCCAGAGCAGGACCACCUCUUUUCCUUCUCUCGUUGUGGCUGUGUUUGUUUUGUGUAAUCACAGUAACAGGGAGAAACGGGAAGGAAUGUCUCUUAAAGGAACAGCUGGGGGCAGAAAAGGUAGCGUUUAAGCAGAUAUUUAAGUACAAGCAGAUCGUCAUCAUUAGAAAGUUUUUUGUAUAAACCAGGUAGGCUUUCUGGCAGGAAUGAAACACCUCGUCCCUGUCUCCCAGGGGCACGCAUGCUAAGAUUAGAAUAGGUGUGGUUGAACAGAGCUUUACUCUCAGGGACUGGGGAUGGCGAGCUCUUUCUCAGAGACUCAGCAGAGGCCCUUCCAAACUUCUGGAGCCUGGAGAUGGGCACGGGUAGUCGCCUCAAGUGGUGCAGCUGGUAGCUCAGUCAUUUGGAUGAUGGGACGCUCAGAAGGUCCACUGUGGCCCAGGCGAGGAGGUGGGCAGAAAUCUCCCCACCAGGCUUAUGGCAGCCCGGGCCUGAGACCGGAGGCUGAACUGUGGCCUCUUCGGGAACGCUUGCUGGCGGUGCCGGGAGCCCACACCUGCCUGGGUCUGGGGAGGGGGGCGGGCAGCUGUCUCCGGGGGUGGUUUUCUCCCCCCCCCCCCACCCCCCUCGGCUUAGAAGCAUCCUUCAGGAACUGCAGGAUUCAGGGGCAGUGCUCAGCACCCCAGGUUCGGGCACCUGAAGAGUCUGUCCUCACUUGUCCCUCUCCUGUGCUGUUCUCUCUCCCGGACGAAGGGAGCGGAAAAGCCUUCUCUUCACGCACUUUCUUGAGUCCUCGGUGCUGUCUGCGGCCCUUCCUGCACAGAGGCUCGGCCCUGGCUAGGCGUGGGGUGUGAGCUGGCGUCUUCUGUCUUCUGAGGCUGCUGCUCGCCUCGCCACAGAGUUGGGGGAAGAGGCCGUGUGUCUCCCCACUUUCAGGAGCAAGGAAAUUCGCCCUGAGUAUUUCUUUAAGGGACCUUUUCUUUUUCUGUCAUUCUUCCUUUCUUGUCUUUCUUUUUUCUUAAAUGGGGGCUACACAAUAGGAGAAGGAAGUUGCAGGGAGGACGAGAAUAUUAAGACUUUUGUUUUCCUGGCGUAAACACAGUCCCAGUACUUCUGAAAUGUGUCUCGUGCUGUGGUCAAACCCCCCUAGGUGCUUCCCUCAGAGGGACGCAUUUGCUGUUUGUCCUGCGAGCAGAUGUUCUUGACUAGGCCAUAAGGCUUCUUGGCAAGACCCAGGGUGUGAUGAAACCUCUCCGCUCCCCCGCCCCGAAAGGGUCCCUGCGGAGGUGUCCUUGAUUCACUUGCCGGAAGCCAGGGAGUGAAGGAGCCGGGGAGGAAGAGAACGUGUGGGGGCAGCUCCAACCUGACUGCCCUCCGCGAGCCUCAGCAGCCUGGUGAGGCCAUGAGCCAGAGCGCCGGGCUCCCGGUGCCGCACGUUUGCCUCAGGACUCAGGCACGUGGUGGCUGAGACAGUCCCGACCCUUCUGAACGGGAAGGUGCAGGCCAGAUAAGGUCGUGAUUUAGGAAUGAAGACUAACAAGCAGGUCGUCUGCCCAAGUCCUGUAUUGUAAGUGGCAGAAGGUUUGAAGUGAGGCCCAGUGAUCAAGAAAAAUCAAAACCCCAGCCCCAGAUUGGGAAAACUGGUUUUCCCACGUUUGUACAAAUUGUUAGAGCUCUCCGUCCCGUUCUGUAAAAAGGCCUUCCCUUUGUCCAUCAUCUGGGAGCUGGGACUAGCACUCAGCUCUCCUCCCGAUAAAGAUGACACUGGGGUCCGAAGCCAGAUAGUCCCACCAGGACUUCCAGCAGCCCGGUCUUCACCACCACGUGGGGGCGUCGUGAGGCAGUGUCUCCGCUGCUGAGCCCGUCAGUAUUUCGGGGAUCGGCUGCGCAUCCUGGAGACAUGGCAGGAUUUAUAGCUUUGCUUUGUGUUCCUGCUCCCUGUUUCUGCCCCCGCAUAGUCCCUGUGCUUCCUUUGGGAAAUCUGCUCUGGACUGCAAGGGCAGCCGGCUGCGGGACUUGAGGAAAUAAAGCACCUGUCCUAUUCCUGUAAUAAAGUUCGUGUAUUUUGCUAGAAAAUUACUAAGACAACAGGAACAAUCAUCGAUCUCUUAAUCCUGGCUUUUAACUGUAGCCAAAGACUCCCUCAGCCUAUUUCUUGGUUCCUUGAUGCUUUAAAAUCUCAGUAGCAGUGCAUUUGAACCUGCUGACUACAACUCUGGUGGAUUGGUGGCCCACUCUCCCGUCAGGAGGUGCUUACUCGAGUGUGAAGGUUGGUUUCCCAGAUCAUUGCCUGAGUCAGUUCAGUUUUCUUCCAAGAAACCACUUUGGAGUACAAUUUCCAGGUUUGGUCUCCCCUGGACUAUCCGGGCAGCCACACAGCGCUGUCUCAUCGUGCUCUGCGUGCCUGUCGUGGUGAGCUUUCUGCUCCUGCGUUACAAUCUCAUCGGGAUAUCUGCUCUCUCUUGUUCCACGACCUGCCCCCCUUCUUCUCCCCCCCCCCCCCCGCCGCCUCGUCCUCCUCCUCCCUCCUCUUCCUCCUCCCCCGCUCCUCCUCAGCCCACAGCUAUUGAUCGCACAAAGGCUCAGUCUGGGAACAUGGGCUGGAGGCUUUGGUGCAUUGCAGCAUUGUAGCCGUGUGACACAUGUACUUUCUAAGCCAAGGAGAAUUUUAUCAAGAGCGUACAUGUUAAUGCUGCACAUUCUGCUUUGGACCUUUGCAGUAAAAUGUAUUCUUGUUUAGUACUUAAGAGUCUAUUUACCAGGAGCCAGUCCUUAGGAACUAAGAAGAGUGUUAGAAGAUGCCUGUUUGAAUUGUGAGUGGCGUUGUGGCCAUCUCCCACAUCCUGAAGCAUCUUCUCCGAGGAAGGCUCUUAGAACAUUAGAUGGUCUGAUGAAGUGGUUGGCGCUGCUCCAUACACCCCAUGGAACAGUGGGACCGUUCGUGCUGAUAAGCUGCUGGAUUUCAAGGGACGCAGAUCCCAGCCCAUUUCCACACUCCAUACUCACCCCUUUGCUUUCCUCGGACUUACCCGCGGCCUUUUAACAGAUUAAGAAUGUGCUGAGUUCCCGAUGCCCAUGGCCUGCUACCUGUUUCUCCCGUUCAGGAUUCAGUAAAUGAGUAGCUUCCCCACUAAAGAAUUUAGGCUUUGACUUGGUACUUCUUGGUAUGUCAAGAAGGUAUUCAUCUGGAACAUACCGUGUGUUCCAAAGGAUUGCUCUUGACUCCAGGUUUCUCCAGGGUGUUUGGGGCAGGAAGUCUUUAAAAGAGACCCACCUGAGUUGAUGCUAAUACUUGUCCCACCUGGAGUAUGGUUAUCGAUCGGUGGACGGAACGUUCCAGGUUUCCCCGGGGGCUGCUCUGUAGCCUGUGACCCCUCUGGAUGGUUUACGCUUGACAGAUGUUUCUCGGUGGCUCUCUGUGAGGACAUGGGACAUGCACAUCGCCCGAGCUACUGUGUGAGGGAGGCAGCCCGGCUGAGAGAGGGACUAGGCGAUGUGGGAGCAAGGAUCUGGUCGUGUUGCCCAGGGACUGUUGGAAUUCUGGGGGCAGGAAGUCUGCAGGCAGGCCGUUUGGGAAGGAGGAGUUCUGGACAAAGUCAGUAAGGGUCGAAGUGAGACAGAAAAGCUCACUCACUUCCAAGACAGCUUAUUCUAGGGCAGGUUUUGUAGUCGACAGCCAAAUCACACAGGGGGGCCAGCAGGGCAGCCUUCUAGCAUUUAAGAUCCUUAUUACAAAAGGAUCCCCAAAUCCUGGCCACACAAGGGGGCGGUUCUUGGCACCUUAAGCAGCUUUUCCCGACCAUAAAUUGGAUUUGCCUGGUCAUGUGACCUCAAAAGAAGUCAGACACAUCUAAUCCAAAAAAAUAAGUUUCGUUUGCGGGAGAAAAUGUCUGUAAAUAUCAUUUGCUUUCUAGGUUAGAUUGGGAUGCAGGAGUUUCAGUAUUUUUUUUUUUAACACCAAUGAUCACUGAAGAGUAUUUAUGUAAACGUGUCAUGGGUGGGGGUUCCGAUCAGGGUGACGUAUGGGAUGGAUUCUCUUGCUGUGAUGCAAACAUGUAAAAUAAAGAUUCUCUGACGGAAAUGUAUGUUUGUAAUCCUGUAGGGAGGC